CCGGGGAAAUUCGCAAUGAAACUUCAUGUCAGACCGGUUCUUCCUCGCCCACAUUCCGCCUUGCUGGGGCUGAUGCUCCUGUCCAGCGGCUGGGUCCACCUUGGUUCCAGUAUGGAAGUUAUGGUCUCACCGUACAUCAUCAAGCUGAAUGGUACAUCAGCCAAACUGACCUGCACCUUCAACUCUUGCUAUGAUGUCAAUGAAAAGCGUUUCUCUUUAAAUUGGACCUAUUUUGAAUGUGACAACUGCACUGAAGAUCUGUUUGUCCAGUUUCGGCGCAAGGUCAUCAUACCCAGAAAUGACCGCUUUUCAGGCAGGGUGGAGUGGUCAGGGAACCUCAAAAAGAACGAUGUGUCGGUCACUAUUCACGACAUCCAGCUCGGUGAUGAAGGCUUUUACAACUGUUCUGUGUUAAACCCUCCUGACAGACACAACGGAUGGGGAUUAAUCUACCUGAGAGUGGUCACAGAAGUUCCCCCUGAACGUGACUCCACGGUCGCUGUGAUUAUAGGAGCAUCAGUCGGGGGGUUUCUGGCUGUCGUCAUUCUGAUCUUAGUGAUUGUGAAGUGUGUGAGGAGGAAAAAGAAACAAGAUCACCAAUCUGAAGAUCAGAAAACCGAAGAGGAAGGAAAAACAGAUGGCGAAGGCAAUCAGGAAGAAGAUGGAAAGCAACACUAAACAAUCGGCAGGAACAGUGAGAAAAGGUUGAGGCUGAUGAUGAUUUGCCUCUGGCAAGAACUGUUGGUCUUCGUGCUUCGUGGGAUAUUAACGACUCGUCUCCGUGUUCAACCCAUGCCUCUUCACAUUAAACAUGAGCGCUGAGAUGAUUCUGCUGUGCCGUGAAACCGUGCUAGCUUCGUCGUGCAUGCCAUCAUACCUCCAAACCGUGCGCAGGUGUAAUGCUAAAACAUGGCAGCGCCCAACGUGAGCACAAGCUUCACACCAUCGCUGUAUCAUAAUAGUGUGCUAAAUUUUAACUAGGGUUGUUAAUUGUGCAUGUUUUAAUUGAGCAGCAAUGAU